AUGGUUCAAAAAUAUGCAUGUUUGGGAAUCAAUGGCAAAACCAACAAAAAUUUUAUCAUAUAUACAAAUAAAACUAAUUAGAUACUACUUGUGUUGCUGCUGUCAGUAGAGGCAGAGUUUGCUAUUGGAACAAUUACUCUGAGAAGAGCAUGUAACGUUAUGAACUUCAUUACAAAUUCUGCCUGUAAAUUGAAGCCAAAUUUCUGA